GUUAAACGGUAACACAAAUUCCGACAAAACGGUACUACUAUAUAGGUCUGAAAUAUAGGAUGGUAGUCCCGAUUAAAAUUUUUAAAUGGAUAUUCAAUUAGCUCAGGUUGAACAAAUAAUAGCGCAACUCUAUGGAAACGUAGACUCUAAUUCGGCACAAGAAUAUUUGCAAACCCUUCAAAAGCAACAAUAUGCUUGGGAAUUAGCACCACAAUUAUUGGCUUCUGAGUCAGUUAAUUCUCAAUUUUUCGGGGCUCACACUUUUCAAGUUAAAAUAUCGAGAGACUGGCAUACUUUACCUCCUGACCGAAAAGAAUGGGUCCGUAAUGAACUUCUAAGAUGGAUUGUGCGUCUUUCAAAUGGACCAAUGGUCGUUAUUACAAAAUUGUGUCUAGCACUUACAGCCUUUGCACUUCAAGCGGUUCCUGAGUUUUGGACGAAUUUUAUAUCAGAUUUUCUCAAUUAUUUGCAUACUGAAUCCAUAACUGUCUCAGCACAAAACCAGAGUCAACCUCUAUUCAUUGAAUUACCACUUCUUGAAUUUUUAACUGUCAUUCCCGAGGAAGUUCUAAGAGCUGAUUUGAUAGGAGAAAGAAAAGCAAGAGUCAAUCAGGAACUUACUGAUUCCAUUCCACGUGUAAUGUCAAUACUGGAAACUUUACUAUCUGCUCACCAUGAAUAUUCGGAACGAGAUAUUAUAUUAAAACAAAAAUGUCUUCGAUGUUUGCAAAGUUGGAUCCAAUAUGGUGUACCUUUUGAGAUGCUUCACCUUCUCAUCGAUCACGUUAUAGCUCUAUUCUCGAUUGAAUCAAUGAACGAUGCAGCAACAGAAGUUUUGGUGGAAUUUAUUUCACAAACUCGUAUUAAUUACUAUCAGAACACAGUGUGUGAGAAAAUACUUCAGUGUAUGACUGGUGACUGGGCAAAAAGUCAAAUAACUAAAGCUAUUAACGACGGAGACGAACUUUCUGCAAGAAAUCUUUGUCGAUUGAUGACAACUUUUGGGGAUAAUUUUACGAAUUAUGUUGCAAUAAAUUUCUUAAGACAAGAUAUUGUUAUUUACUUGGAAAUGAUGUUAAUGUUUGCAGGAUUUCCUGGUUAUUUUGGACAAGACCAAGAAAUUAGUGAGAUGCCUUUGCAAUUCUGGUUUAUGUUACAGGAAUCUUUAUGCGAUCCAGAAGUAAUUCCAGUCAUUUCUGCGUCUGAUAACGAUGUUUCCACAUCAGAUAUUCAAACACUUAAUAUUUCACCCACAAAUAUUCAACAAAUACGAGAAUCAUCCAUUGUCAUUUUUCGUAGAUUGAUAGAGGUUUUACGGGGUAAAGUACAAUAUCCGCCAGAUUCGGAAUGGGUAGAAUUUACUAAAGAUGUAAAAGAACGAUUUUGGCAUUAUCGAAGGGAUGUCGGUGACACAAUUUUGAAUACAUAUUAUGUUUUAAGAGAUCAAAUGUUAGCUUUUUUGGUAGAAUUGGCAAUAUCUCAAAUAAGUACACCGGGAAGAGAUCAAAAUCAGUGGCAGGAUUUGGAGUCUACAUUAUUUUGCAUAAAGUCAAUAGCUGAGGCCGUAAGCAAUGGCGAAAACAUUUAUUUACCACAACUUUUUGGUUCAGAUGUUUAUGGAAAAUUACCUGUGCAAGGUCACACCAAGUUAAGGAACACUGCAUUUUCGCUAAUUGGUUCUUAUGCAGAUUGGUUUAAAUCUAACCCUCAAUACAUACUUUCUGCAUUAAAUUAUCUUAUACCUGCGCUAAGUGAUAUUGAAUUAGCUUUAGCAGCUGCUACAGCAUUUAAAGAAGUUUGUGAUAUUUGUCGUGAUUCGUUAGUCAACGGUAUAGAAGAUCUAGUGAAUAUGUAUAUAGUCGUUGGUCCAAACAUUCAACCGAGGGAAAAACAAAAGGUCAUCGAAUCAAUAGCGGAUGUAAUUCAGGUUUUGCCCCCAGAAAAGAUGGUACAACCAUUGUUGUCUAUAACAAGUGACAUUAUACAAACGAUGAAGGAUAUAAUUUUACAUGGAAGACAGAACCCUUCGCAGUUUAGGGAAAUUAUUAUUACACAGUUAGAGUAUCUAACAUGUUGUGGACGUGGAAUUCAACCACCUGAUGAAAAUUUAAUCGUAAUUGAUGAUGAUGACUUAAAAACUAAACAAAAUUUUGCUGUUUUUGAUUCAAUACCAGUUCAAGAUUUGACCAAUGCUUUGUCAGAAAUUAUUCGUAAUAUUGCAGAAAUUUGGUAUCAAGAUAAUGAAGUUAUAGAGUGUCUUUGUAAAUUUCUUAAUAUUGGGAUUCGUAUUACACCAAAUUUACUUUCCAUACCUUUCGAGAUCAUUGUACCUUUAAUUAAAAUUUCUUUUCAACGACAUCCACACGCCAAUUGGUUAGAAACUGCAGUUCAAAUAGUGACCGUAUAUGGUUCAAGCCCUAAGCAUGGUGUCGAUUUGAUGGAUGUGUUAAUUUCCUUAACUUCUACUACUAUACAACACGUGAGAAGUAAGGCUGAGAUGGAACAAUAUCCAGACAUUGUUAAUUCUUAUUUUUUACUUAUUACAAAGUUUCUUAAAAAAUGUCCAUUAUUAUUGUAUUCCUUACCAUCUGACAUGUUUAAUGGCAUUAUGACAUUCUCUGUAGCAGGUUUGGGUUUGCAAGAAAGAUUAGCCUUAAAGUCAGCAGUGAAUUUUAUAGGAGAAUUUAUAGGGCAGGAUUGUGAAAAUGAUAAAUUUGCAAAGGGGAUUGAAAACGUGAUGAUGACUUAUGGGUUAGAGAUAAUGAGAGAAUUAUUAUUGGUAAUCAAGUUAAUUAUUUUGUAUAAUUAUGAUAUAAUGGAUAAUAAAUCAUUGAUUAUUAUUAGGGGAUUGGAGGUAAAUUGCCACGAUCAUUUGUUAGUUCAUUAUCUCCUGUUUUAUACAAGAUGACAGAACGCUACAUCGAAGCCAGUAGAGAAUGGUUAGGGAUUUUAUUAGCAGAGGAUAACUUUCCUUCGUCACAUGUGGAUCAAAUGGCUAAACAAAACUUUGCUAGGGGAAUCCUGGGUACAAGAUCUCUUCAACGUUUUAAAGAUAUCGUGACUGAAUUUUCAAUUAAAUGCCGUAACCUUGAAGGUUCAGCUUACGGUCGCUCAUAAAUGCCUAACAUUACAAGAAAAAAACACGUGAACAGCUUUAUAUAAUAUAAAAUACAAAACACGCUUGCUUACACUUUUUAUCCUUAUUUUAUCCUUAUGCUAUUCAUACGUCAAAAAAAAACCAAUAAAAAAGACUUUAUCAAGUU